GGUGGCCUUGUGCGGGUUCACACGAGUAAGGCCCUGGACUGACUGCGGCACUGAGCGGCAGCGAUAAACCCCGGACACCGCGGGGCACAGAGACGUAUCCGGCCAGCAGGUUACGUUCUGCUGAUGUGUUUUGAUUGGUCAGGAGUGGGCAAUUAAGCAAACGGCUCCUUGAGAUGAUCAAAUAAGAAAAGCGAAUCAUGGGGCAGAAGAAGAAGCCGUGUCCCCGUUUGCUGGAUUACCUUGUGAUCGUCGGUGCCAGGCAACCAAGCAGUGACAGUGUUGCUCAAACACCGGAGCUCUUGAGACGUUACCCUCUUGAGGAUCACCCCGAGUUUCCCUUGCCCCCGGAUGUUGUGUUUUUCUGCCAGCCGGAAGGAUGCCUGAGCGUUCGGCAGAAACGGAUGAGCCUCCGGGAUGACACUUCGUUUGUCUUCACGCUCACAGAUAAGGACAGCGGAGUUGUCCGCUAUGGAAUCUGCGUCAACUUCUACCGCUCCUUCCAGAAACGCGCCCCGAAGGACAAGAGCCGCAAGCUUCCCAAACCGGCACCAGAAAACGGGUCUGAAGGCUCUGACGGAGGACACUCGCUGCAGGCCCCGAGUGCCGAGUCUACUCCCGAUGUCAAUCAUUCCCCCCGCGGGAAACGUCUUUCCAAAGGGGUCCAGCGAUCCCGGAACAGCACACUUACCUCACUGUGUAUAAUCAGCAACUAUCCCUUCUUCUCCACGUUCCGCGAGUGCUUGUACACCCUGAAACGGCUGGUUGACUGCUGCAGCGAGAGGAUGAUUAGUAAGAAAGCUGGGAUGACCAAAGGCGUCCAAAGGGAUACCAUGUGGAGGAUUUUCACCGGAUCUCUGCAGCUUGAAGAGAAAUCCGGCGUUGUUCUUCAUGACCUACGGGAAAUCGAAGCCUGGAUCUACCGUCUUCUGCGCUCUCCUAUUCCCGUCCCGGGACAGAAGCGGGUUGAUGUAGAAGUCCUGCCUCUGGAGCUUCAGCCGCCCUUGACAUUUGCCCUUCCUGAUCCAUCACGUUUCUCCCUGGUGGAUUUCCCACUGCACUUACCCCUGGAGCUCCUGGGUGUCGAUGCCUGUCUCCAGGUCCUCUCCUGUAUUCUCCUGGAACAUAAGGUGGUGAUGCAGUCCCGGGAUUACAAUGCUCUCUCCAUGUCUGUCAUGGCAUUUGUAUCCAUGAUUUACCCGUUAGAAUACAUGUUUCCCGUCAUUCCGCUCUUGCCCACGUGCAUGGCUUCUGCUGAACAGCUGCUCUUGGCUCCCACCCCUUACAUCAUCGGAGUUCCCGCUAGCUUCUUCCUCUACAAAUCGGACUUUAAAAUGCCGGAUGAUGUGUGGUUGGUGGACCUGGAUACCAAUAAGGUUGUCGCUCCUACUAACGCAGAUCUGCUACCCUUACUGCCAGAACCCGAGGCGUCAGAACUCAAGAAGCACCUUAAACAGUGUCUGCACAGCAUGUCCGUGAUCACGCAGCAGCGUCUUCUCGCCUCCGAUAACAAGGCCUUGGCCAGCAUGAGUCUGAAUACCCAGCCCAUCCUUAACCUGGACCGAUUCCACGAAGGGACAGAUUCCUCACUCCUCAGAGCUUCAGCCGACGCGCAGGGCACUCCUUCUACAGAAUUCAACCCUCUUAUAUACGGAAACGAUGUGGAUUCUGUGGACGUAGCUACACGGGUGGCCAUGGUACGCUUCUUUAACUCCCCGAACAUGUUGCACGGGUUCCAGCAGCACACCCGAAUUUUGCGCCUCUUCCCGCGCCCUGUGGUGGCUUUCCAGUCCUCUUCCUUCCUUGCGUCCCGUCCCAAGGCUUCGGGCUUUUCCGAGAAACUUUCCAAAACGCAGGCUGUGGAGUUUUUUGGGGAAUGGUCGCUAAACCCCAACAACUUUGCCUUUCAGAGGAUCCACAACAACAUGUUUGACCCGGCGCUGAUUGGUGAUAAACCUAAGUGGUAUGCUCACCAGCUCCAGCCUAUACACUACCGCGUCUACGAUGCUAACUCGCAGCUUGCCGAUGCCCUAAGUGUCCCUGUUGAGCAGGACAGCGACUCUGAACCUACAGAUGACAGUGGUAGCGAUAGUGUGGAAUAUGACGACUCGAGCUCUUCCUACUCUUCGCUUGGAGACUUUGUCAAUGAAAUGAUGAAAUGCGACAUUAAUGGUGACACGCCAAAUGUGGACCCUUUGACACACGCAGCCCUGGGCGAUGCCAGCGAGGUGGAAUUUGAUGACUUCCAAGAGUACUCUAGAGAGUUAGAAGAAAUGACCCAAGACGGUGAAAAUUCUCCUGAUAACAAUCAGCCGCGUUCCGGUUCUAGUACCACGGCCAGCAGCAGCCCCAGCACGGUUAUCCACGGAGCAAACACUGAGUCUGCAGACUCCGCAGAACCAGAUGAGAAGGUUCUGGGUGUAUUGCAGAACCACUUGCCUUCUCUGCCACCCACCUUCAGCCGCUUGGUUAUGGAGCGCCGUGAGAGUGACUCAUCUCCUGGGAGCGGGGAGCUUCGGAGGCGAGAGUACGACAACCCCUACUUCGAGCCACAGUAUGGAUUUCCCACGGAGGAGGAGAGUGAAGAGCGAGAGGAGAGCUACACUCCCAUGUUUAACCAGAGCAUAAAUGGCAGCCGCUCCCAGAAGCCUCUGCUGCGCCCGAGCAGUCUGAAGCUCCCGAGCGACUCUGAUGCCGAGACGGAUUCCCGGGGAAGCUCCCCGACUUCAACCGUGUCCAACAACAGCAGCAACAACGAGGGCUUCGGAGGAAUCAUGUCCUUCGCCAGUAACUUGUACAAAAGUCAUACCAGUAGCUUCAGCCUGUCCAGCCUGACGCUUCCAACCAAGACCGGCCGAGAUAAGGCGACCCCUUUCCCUAGCCUGAAAGUAUUUGGGCUUAAUACUAUAAUGGAGAUAAUUGCAGAUUCCGGGCCUGCCCCUGCAGAAGGCAGCAACCGACGGGCUCUAGUGGAUCAAAAGUCUUCAGUUAUCAAGCACAGCCCCACAGUGAAGAGGGAAUCUCCAUCCCCUCAAGGCAGAGCUAACAAUUCCAGUGAGAACCAGCAGUUCCUAAAAGAAGUGGCAUUGAGUGUCCUUGAGGGACAAGGCGUUGGUUGGCUGAACAUGAAAAAAGUCCGGCGGUUGCUUGAGAGCGAGCAGCUACGCGUCUUUGUCCUGAGCAAAUUAAACCGAUCCAUCCAGACAGAGGAGGACGCGCGGAAUGAUGUCAUCCAGGAAAUGGAGAUAAACAAAAAAAUGUACAAGGGAAUGCUGGAUCUGUUGAAGUGCACCGUGUCCAGCCUGGAGCAGUCGUACGCCAACGCUGGGCUGGGCGGCAUGGCCAGCGUCUUCAGCCUGCUGGAAAUUGCACACACUCACUAUUACAACAAAGAACCCGAAAAAAGGAAAUCCAGUCCUUCUGCGGAUGGAGCUGUUACUCCCGUGUCUAGGGAUCCCGUUUCUGUCCCAAGGGGAGAAUCUCGACCUGCCCCACAGCUGCCUGUCCAGCAGCUCUUACCUCGACCUUCUGGCCCUACAGGCAGAGGGCCACGGGAGUUUGACACCAGGAGUCUUAAAGAAGAGAAUUUUGUGGCUUCCAUUGAGUUGUGGAACAAGCACCGGGAAGUGAAAAAGCAAAAAGCUUUGGAAAAACAGAGCACCGAGCAGGUUAAGCAUUUCUUUGACAGCGAGGAGAAGAAGUCCCAGAUCAGUGCCGACAGCUGCCUGAGUGUUACGUCCGGGUCCCAGAAGAGCGAUGCCGAUGGCAGCGGAGCGGCCCCUUCUAUCCUCAUCCGAAGCAGCAGCCAGGAUUCGGAAAUCAGCACAGUGGUGAGUAACAGCUCGGGGGAGACUUUGGGAGCCGACAGCGAUCUGAGCAGCAAUGCUGGAGACACGCUAGGAGGAGCAGGCGGCGGACGUCUGUCCGGAUCCCGAGGAGCCAUAUCAGACAGUGAAAUCCAGAUGAAUUCUCAUACCGGAGCGAUAUUCGGAAAGCCUCUUUUACUGCGCCCCGGUGAAAAGGAGAAUACAAUUAGUCCUGGACGGCCAGCGCAAGACCUCAGUCAGCGCAUCUACCUUUACGAGGGGCUUCUGGGACGAGAUAAGGGCUCAGUCUGGGAUCAGCUGGAAGAGGCAGCAAUGGAAACGUUCUCUCUGAGCAAAGAGCGUUCCACGCUGUGGGACCAGAUGCAAUUUUGGGAAGAUGCGUUCCUCGAUGCCGUCAUGCUGGAAAGGGAAGGCAUGGGUAUGGAUCAAGGACCUCAGGAGAUGAUAGACCGGUACUUUUCUCUUGGAGAACACGAUAGAAAACGCCUAGAGGAGGAUGAGGAUCGCCUCCUGGCAACUCUUCUACACAACAUGGUUUCUUACAUGGUGAUGAUGAAGGUGAAUAAGACAGAUCUUCGCAGGAAAGUGAGACGUCUCCUCGGGAAGUCUCACAUUGGCUUAGCCCAUAGCCAGCAGAUCAAUGAACUUCUGGACAAAGUGGCUGAUCUGAACGGCCGGGAUCUUAGCAUUCGUCCCAGCGGAAGCCGUCAUAUCAAGAAGCAAACGUUCGUAGUCCACGCGGGGACGGACACUAGUGGAGAUCUCUUCUUCAUGGAGGUCUGUGACGACUGCAUCGUACUGCGCAGUAACAUCGGUGCGGUGUACGAGAGGUGGUGGUACGAGAAGCUCAUUAACAUGACCUAUUGCCCGAAGACAAAAGUCCUCUGCUUGUGGAGGAGGAAUGGGCAGGAGACUCAGCUCAACAAAUUCUUCACGAAGAAGUGCCGGGAGCUGUAUUACUGUGUGAAGGAAAGCAUGGAGCGAGCAGCGGCAAGACAACAGAGCAUCAAACCAGGCCCUGAGCUUGGCGGCGAGUUCCCCGUUCAGGAUAUGAAGACGGGAGAAGGGGGGCUUCUGCAAGUUACCCUGGAAGGAAUUAACCUGAAAUUUAUGCACAGUCAGGUUUUCAUACAGCUGAGUCACAUUAAAAAGUGUAACACUGUACGGGGUGUCUUUGUCCUGGAAGAAUUUGUUCCUGAAACUAAAGAAGUGGUGAGCCAUAAAUACAAGACCCCCAUGGCCCACGAGAUCUGCUACUCCGUCCUUUGUCUCUUCUCCUACGUGGCGGCCGUCAGAGGGAAGGAGGCAGAGAUGAAGACCAGACCACCUCGUCCUGUGUCCAGCUGACCUACCCCCCUUCGAACCCAAUUUUGGGCACCCUUUUCCCUGCUGCCCGCUCCCAUGAGCCAGCUCUCUUACCUGGACCUGCUAUUCCGACAUUCCCUCCUGCAUAAGGAGCUGCACAAAUAUUCCUGUACGAACUCCGUGUGCCGUGAUCCCUUUAAACACGCCACUCUUCUGCUUAUGUGUUGUGUGCUUUGUGUGUUGCUGGCCCACGUGCAAGGACGACUCGGCUCUUCCAGACUCGCGUGUGUUGUGUGUGUGUCCCAUGGUUCCUCCAUCACCCCCUUACCUGCACUCAGGUGUCAUAUUGUGUUUUAGUGUUACUGUCAUUGACCAGAAGGCCAUAGGGCCACGUGAGGCUACUUUUGGCUUUCCAAAUUGGAGAGGAAGAUGCACGCGCCCCCCUCGCCCCGUCUCCGAGAGGAAGCUUCAGGAUGCAGCACCCUCCGCCAGAGACCAACGCGGUGGCGAUCCUGGCGUCGCCGGUGACAAAUGGAUGUGACGCUAGCUCUUGGUUUGGACGGCGAUGGUGACCCACAUAGUACAGAAUGUAAAUAUUCAUAACGUGAUUGCACCAGCUGUCCCUGGCACUGCCCGACGCUGCACGGGAAGCAACAUGUAAAUAUCCAGGUCUUUCUUAUUUAUAGAAAUCUGUACAGUUCCUGAAUGUGCAAUAAACCGGCGUUCCGAUGCUCACCGUGGAUUGCU